AUGGUCCGUAAAUCUAAGACCAAACCUUCGAAGAAAAGGGUUCAAAAUGCUUUAGAAAUUGCCCAGCGGGAAUUAAAUGGCUCCAGCGACGAAGAAAGCGGGUUCUCGCGUGAUCUGCGUCGUAACGGAACCGUUAUUAAUCCUCAUAGAAGGAGCUCUGAUGCCGGGGACGAUAGCACUGAGGACAAGUUCGAAGACGAAGAAAUUGACUCGGAUGAAGCCCUGGGCUCAGAAGACGAGUUUGACGUUAUGAACUCGAAAUUUUCUCAAACCAUCAGAGACCGUAAGAAAACCGCCAAAAAUGGUGACUUGCCUUCAGACGACGAGGAAGACGAAGAAGGUGGUUACACAUCGAUAGACGAAGAUGAUCUCAUGCCUCUAUCGGCAGUCUGGGAUUUGGACGACAAAACUAAUUCGGUCCAGGACUCGCUCAAUCUUGUUGACGACGAUCAGGAAGAGGAAGAAGAAGAUGAGGAAGAAGAGGACUCCAGUGAAGAUGAAGACGACAGUGAGGACGAUGAAGAGGACGAAAACAAGUCCGAAGAUCCGUUUGAUGAGAUAUCAGAGGGCGAGGACAAUGUGGAGCUCAACACUAUCACCGCCAACUUGCGUAAAGACACCGAGAAAAACCAGUACCGUCGGUUGAAUAACGCAGCAAUAGGCGAAGAAAACGAAUUCGCCCUGCCCUCGUUUGCCAAUGACCGUAAGAAACUCAAUCUUGCUGAUAUGGUAAAUGCAAUCGAUGAUAAAGAAGCGAUCGAGAAAGCCGGACUCGUAAAGGGCAAGACUCAAGCUCUAAACGUUCCUCUACCUCAGCGUAUUCAGCAAAGACACGAUCGUAAGGCUGCGUAUGAAAUAUCCAAGGAUGAAGUCAAUAAGUGGAGAGACGUCGUGCAGCAGAACAGACAAGCGGAGCAUCUAUCUUUUCCAUUGAAUCCACAAACGCAACACAAUGAUGGAACCAUGUUCACUCCCUCGGAGAGAGCUGUUGGCACAGAACUUGAGCAAAAGGUGGACUCUCUAUUGGAAACCAGUAAGUUGGCCGACCCCGUAAAGGAAUCUACCUUUGAAGAGAUUGCCACAGCCAAAAUGUCGCCCGAGGAGAUGAAGAAAAGAACAGCCGAGGUAAGACUUAUGCGCGAGCUGAUGUUCCGCGAGGAAAGAAAGGCAAAGAGAAUUAAGAAAAUCAAGUCCAAAGCUUAUCGUCGUAUUAAGAAGAAGGAAUUGCUUAAGAACAAAGAACUGAUAGAAGAAUCAGAGGAAGAAAGUGAUAACGAUCGCGACGCUGCAAGGGCUCGCGAAAGAAUGAGUUUGAAGCACAAAACCACCUCCAAGUGGGCUAAGGAUAUGGUUAAGCAUGGCAUGACAAAAGACAAACAAACAAGGGAAGAAAUGGAGGAAAUGCUGAGACAGGGCGAGCGUCUGCGGUCCAAGAUAGCAGGCCAUGAAUCUGGUAGCGAAAGCGACAGCGGGCUCAGUGACAUCGAGAACUCUGAGAAUUCGAGGAAUGCCUCGGAAGAGUCUAAGUUGCGUGAUAAUCUUGGAAAGACUGGCGUCAUGAAUAUGGCGUUCAUGAAAAACGCAGAGGCAAGGCGUGCGGAGGCCAACAAAGAGUCCAUUGCUCAACUCAGAGACUUGGAAUCUGGCAACGACGGAACAAGUCUCGACAAUGAAGAAGUCCGUGGUGCUAACGUUACCAUUAACGCGGGGAGAAGAAUCUACGCUCCUGGGACAGAAGACAGCAAAUUGGAAGCUGAUGAGGCUGAAAAAGCUGCUGAACAGGACCUCAAAGAUGACGACUCAAGGUCUCUAGUCAACCAGAUGACUAAGAAAUCUAACAAAAAGAAUGGUGCGAAGAGCGGUAAAAGCCCCAAGACAAAAACGAACAAAUAUGAAGAGAAUGAGGAGCUCAAUCCCUGGUUGGUCGGGAGCGGGGAUGAGAGUUCUACCAAGAAGUCUAAUAAGAUUAACGUUAUAGACGAACACAGCUCAAAGUUGGCCAAGAGCGCGAACAAGAUAGCCAAAAAUCAAGCUAAGCGUAGCGCGCAAGCCUCUAAAAAAGGUUCAGGAACUGAAGAGCAACUUUUGGAUGUUGACAGCACAAAUAAGAUGGAUCUUGUUGACCCAUACUCCCAGCAAGAAGAGGACAUAGAUGGUUUCAUGUUUAAACAGCAAGAAGUCAUAGCAGAGGCUUUCGCUGGUGACGAUGUUGAGGACAAGUUUCAGCAGGAGAAGAAGAGAGUUGCUAUCGAUGAAGAUGACAAGGUAGAAGACGUCACGCUUCCCGGCUGGGGCGACUGGGCUGGUGCUGGAGCUGCGCCCACGAAGAAGCGCAAAUUCAAGACCACCAAAGGUACUGUUGAAAAGGACAAACGUAAGGAUAAAAAUUUGAAAAAUGUGAUAAUCAAUGAAAAGGUGAACAAGAAAAACUUGAAGUAUCAAUCCUCGGCUGUUCCUUUUCCAUUUGAAAGUCGAGAACAAUAUGAGAGAUCUCUGCGAAUGCCUUUGGGUCAAGAAUGGACUUCGCGGACCUCUCAUCAACGCAUGAUUAAGCCAAGAAUCAUGACGAAACGUGGAACAGUCAUUGAUCCAUUGAAAGCACCAUUCAAAUAA